CAGCGGCAGCGCGCACCCGCCCCUCCGCCGCCUCCCGCUCCCGCUGCUCCUGCGGGACGCUGCGGCUUGGAUCGCGCCGGUGCUGCUGGCGUCGGCCGGGCUCGGCCCCAUCGAGGAUAUUUUGGCUGCGGGAGAAGGCAGCGGCGCGGUGUUUUCCUGCUGGUGCCGCCGCGGAGGGAAGCGAAGGAGCGCAAGGGGCCUGAAGCUGCCUUUUUGUUUUGUCGUGUUUUGCCUGGUGGACUGCGGGGUUGCGCGGUGGACGCGUGCACGGCUUCGUUUUUCCGUGUGAGCGGUUGCUGGCUGCCUCUAGCAAUAGGCAAGCGCCUGGUAGUUGCUGAAAAGAAGUCGAUCAGAAUUCAAGGAUAUUAGUUAAUAAGUGCCGGAUCCUGUUGACCCUGUUCUGCUUCACUCGCUCAGCGAUGCGGGGGUGUCGAAGAAGGUGUCCUGCCAGUUAAACCAAUUAUAGCUGGCAAGUCGCAGUCAUCAGCAUUAGCAGAGGAGUUGGAAGUGAGGCCCAAUCGCAUCAUACCGAAGUGUCAUUUCUGAUCUUUCUUAGGCCAGCAGAAGGCCAACUUUAACCCUUUGUAUCACACCCACCUGCCUUGCCUUUUAGUCCUGGUUGGGUUGUGAUACCUCUGGAGGUGUGUCUGGUCUCCUGGAAGCGUGCCGGAUCUCGGGGCUGGAAACUCGUAUUGCUUAUUGGUAGAAAGCUAACGUGCAAUGAGCAAUGGCCACAGAAAUUCCUGAAAACCUGAGGAGCUGCGGUUGGUGGCAGGAAGCUGGGAUGCUAAUGCAUGGAGAACUUGAGCAUGUUCUGUGUUGGACAGAAGCUCUGUUGUCUGGUUUUCCAUCAGAUGAGUGAUUUUGGGAUCAGGAACAUGGAUCAAGUAGCUCCUGUGUCUAACAUGUACAGAGGAGUGCUCAAGCGUCAAACAGCAUUUGACACCUUUGAUAGUUCAAGCUCUCUCUUUGCUGGAUAUUUUUUCUCGCUAAAUGAAGAUCAAACACUUCAAGAAGUGCCAACAGGAUUUGAUUCUACUUCUUAUGAGUCAAACAACUGUGAAUUGCCUCUGUUAACCCCGUGCAGUAAGGCUGUGAUGAGUCAGGCCUUGAAAGAUACUUUCAGUGGUUUUACAAAGGAACAGUGUCGGCUGGGUAUCCCAAAUAAUCCCUGGCUGUGGACCGAACAACAGGUUUGCCAGUGGCUUUCAUGGGCUACCAAUGAGUUUAGCUUGGUAAACGUGAACUUCCAUCAGUUUCUUAUGAGUGGCCAAGACUUAUGUAACCUGGGCAAGGAGCGCUUCUUGGAAUUGGCACCUGAUUAUGUGGGUGAUAUUCUGUGGGAACACCUGGAACAGAUGAUAAAAGACAGCCAAGAGAAAACACAGGAUCAAUAUGUGGAGAACUCUCACCUUACCUCAGUUCCUCAUUGGGUCAAUAAUAACUCCUUAACAGUUAAUGUGGAUCAGACCCCCUAUGGUAUGCAAAUGCCUGGGUACCCUAAAGCCCUCAGUUACCCUAAACCCAAUAUCUUGAGUGACAUCUGUCAGACUUCCACAGGACCAAAUCUUCUCAAUCCGGAACAAGAAUUUCCAUUGUUCCCCAAAACGCAAGUAGAUGCAGUUGGUGUGAACUAUUGUGCCGUAAACCAAGACUUCACAAGAAGCAAUCUGAAUUUGCUGAUAGAUAAUUCUGGCAAACUUAGAGAACACGAAUCUAGCGACAGUGGUGCAGAAAGUUAUGAAAGCUCAGAUUCAAUGCUACAAUCUUGGAACAGCCAAUCAUCAUUAGUGGACUUACAGCGUGUGCCAUCAUAUGAAAGUUUUGAAGAUGACUGUAGCCAGUCUUUGUGUCUGAACAAACCUACAAUGUCUUUCAAAGACUAUAUUCAAGAAAGAAGUGAUCCUGUAGAGCAAGGGAAACCAGUUAUACCAGCAGCAAUUCUAGCUGGCUUUACAGGCAGUGGACCUAUACAACUAUGGCAGUUCCUUCUGGAGUUACUCACUGACAAAUCCUGUCAGUCAUUUAUUAGUUGGACUGGAGAUGGAUGGGAAUUUAAACUUGCUGACCCAGAUGAGGUGGCACGGAGGUGGGGAAGAAGGAAAAACAAGCCAAAAAUGAACUAUGAGAAACUGAGCCGAGGCCUACGCUACUAUUAUGACAAGAAUAUCAUCCACAAGACUUCAGGGAAACGAUAUGUAUAUCGCUUUGUGUGUGACUUACAGAACUUGCUGGGGUAUACAGCUGAAGAACUUCAUGCAAUGCUGGGAGUGCAGCCUGACACGGAAGACUGAGCCCAGUGAUCUCAGGCUGAACUGGCAAAGAUCACAUGUUGGAACUGUGACUGGGAACCAUCUGUGGUCAGUUCUUCUGACUGCUUAGAUUGGUGCAAUUGUUAAGAAAUAAGGACCUUAACUGAUUUUGUAACCAGGGAAAGUUGGAAGGAAGUGGCCUUAUUUCGUCAGUGGCUUCAGAUGUUGCCAUGUCAGGCAUUUGAGCAGCAUGGAAGUCAGCACAGAUCCUAGCUCUGUCACAAAGAUGCAGAAAUGCUCUAAUGUUAAGCAUUUCGGCUACUUACACUGCCAUUUAAAGCAUUUUGGCUGCUUACAUUGCCGUAUAAUAAUGGGUUGGCUUUAAAACCAAAGGUUGGACGAAAAAACAGUGAUGCAGCAGAAUUAUUGCUCAGAUUGUUAAAAUACCAUCAUCCUUGCUUAUAUCACACAAUUUAUUUAAAAAACCUAAUUUAUUUUAAAAGAGCAGUAAGAAGAAUUGGUGUUAAGUGUUUUCUUCUAAAGCACGUUUUGCUGUCAUUAUUACUCCAGAAAUGUGCUGCAUAGGUACAUAAGCAGUCGGUGUCCAAAACAAGAUGUAGCAACUGUUUAAAAAAAAACAACGAAAAAACCUUUAAGAAGGGAACAAAAAUCGUACCAUUUCAAUAUUCAGUUUGUAUAUAUUCUGUGAUUCUUUUUGAAAUUCUUUAAUGUUCCUAUUUAACAGAUAUUGUAUAGUGUAAAUUAAACUAAUUGUAUGUGUAUUGAAAUAGGGCGAAUGUAAAAUUAUCCAAUGGUUAUUUUAUGUUUGCCUAGGAUAUACAACCUUCUGAAAAUAUUUAAUUGGCCUGAGAGACAACGUAAGUGCUCAGCAUGCAUGCAUAUGGUAUGCCUAUCACAUGAAAUGUGUAAGGGGGGGAGGGGGUUGGCUCAGUAUUCUGCCAAGACUGAUGCUGGCAAUUCUUUGUGCAUCUUGGCUUUUUUACGAGAACCUAAUAUUAUAUUCUGGGACAUAAAGAGCCUAUUUGUGGUUUCUUCUGUAACUGAAAAUGAAAAUAUUAAUAUGGAUAAAAUUACCUUUUUUUCUUUAUAAAUGGCAUAUGUUUUUCAACUGCUAUGCAUGUCCUUUUAAAAAAAAAAGUUUAUAUACAAGCCUAUUUUUUCAGUUGACUUGUCUCUUCUUCCUGCAAUUUAUCCUGUAUGAUUAAAAUAUGAAUUCUAUUUUUGGAAAUAACUGUGACUCCUUUUCAAAGAUCAGGAGGGAUUUAUGUAGCAGCUAUUUUUACUGCAAAAAACAAUUCACUGGAAAAAUGUACUUUGUAAGAAAGCUUUAUUUUUUAUCUGAGCUUGAUGUACAUUUAAAUGUGUUGUACAGUGUGAGAGGUUUAAAAAUAUGAAUCUUUAUUAAAACCUCUUGGG